UUUCAGGAAUAAGGGCGUGAGAGGGGUCUUGGAAAACACAGUCAAGCUUUCUGGUCGCGCGGAUUCAAAGCUAACCGUCUUGUAGUGCUUCGGCUACUGCGGCUCGUGCGAAGAUCCGAGUGGUGCGGACUGUGAAUUCAUUCCACGACCGCAAAUCGCACCGUGAAACAUUACGUCAUAUCCCAAUCUUUGCGGAGUGCAGACAUAUCUGGGGUUGCUGACCUCUGCGCAUGCAGCUUGUAUUAAUAAUUUGUUGUACAACACCCACACCAUGUGCGAUGAACGUGUCGCUGUCAGCUGCGACCAGUCUCUGCAGCAGAGCGGCAGCAUGGCAUUUGACUAGUCGCGAUGCGCGUGCAUCUCGAUUGUGCAUAGGAACAGUGGAUACCCUCAUUUGCAUUAUCGUUUAUUCGUUUAUGCUCUCCUUAUUGAACUCAACAAAAAUCGCUUACAGGCAGGUUUUCAAGACCAUAUUUCUGGACUCAACAGCCGUUCCCCAUAAGGCUGAAACGAGACCUAGCUGGCCACGCCCGGGCCAACGUUGACGUAGCUGUGGAUCCUGGGCGCAUCCGUACCUGAGAGAUGGUGACUUU